CGUCGAGGCGCGCGGACGAUGCCGUCACCAGACCCUUGGUUCGCAGGGAAAGCUAGCGGGGUCGCGUCAAGCUCCACAACGCGUCCAUGGCUCCUUCCCACACUUCGCAUCGCCAUUUCCUCCAGCCCCCGAAUUGAGAAGGUGCGACUUCCUCACCUCAAAAGUCGCGGUCGCGUGACUGGUUCUAAAUUGCACCGAAAAUUCCACAGCCUCAUCCUCCAUCAUGGACAACGACGCGGUGCCACCGUCAUCACCGCCGCACGCGAUCGCGACCAACCCCCCGAGCUCGCCGUUCUUCGAACCUCAACGAUAUGGCGCAUUUUCGCCCAAGUCAAGCUCACCACCACCGCUAUUCUCCAGCGACGAUUCUGGCGAAACGCUUGAUAUUACGAACUACGAAUCUCCGCGCAUCUUCAAAAACAAGCGCAAAGGUGCUUGGUAUGAGACGGAUAAUGGCGAUUCGACACAAAACACACCAGAACCCAAGAAGACGAAAAUGUCACGCAAUUACGACUCGGGUAUCUACAUGAUGAGCGACAAUAGCGAUGGCUCUGUAGAUCCCCUGCCAGAGCACAAGUCGCCAUUUCCGUUCACUGCUGAGGCUAUAGACGAAGAGGAGCCAGAGCCCAUGAGCAUGACUGAAGCCGCCUUCUACUCUGCGCUCAGAGUGGGGCUGGACAGGAACUGUCAGAACUACGACUUCCAGGGCUUAGACCUUGGAGACAACGACAUCAAGCAGAUAGGUGACCUGAACAGUGUGAUCAAGAACCUGCCAGAUCCAGGUAAUGACUUGCCUGCAGAAGGUCAAUAUCGCUCUAUGGUGCCAGAGCUCUACAUCAACCUCAGCCAUAACUCUCUCAGGCGAAUGACACCGUCUUUGUUUCACCUGCAGCAUCUCACCACUCUCGUACUAAGAGACAAUCGCAUUGAGGAACUACCUCCACAGAUCAGUCAGCUGCACAAUCUCCAGGAAUUGGACUUGUCUCUCAACAAGGUCCAAUAUCUACCAUUCGAAAUGCUUCAGAUGCUGGUACCGCAUGGGAAGCUUGAGCAUCUCGUAACCCUCGGUAACCCCGUUCUCGAGCGAGUAUCUCAAAGUCGAUAUCGAAAACUGGAUGAGCGAUUCAUGUUCACAUCCUCUACAAAGGACAUUUACCCACGACUACAGUCUUGUGCCGAUCGUGAAGCGCUGAUCUGGCACAUACGGUACAUCGAAUCGAUGGAGAACUUCCUCAAUGCUGUAGAGUCGAAGUACACAGUGGGCGUAAGGAGUGCAGAUGAGCGUGUCUUUGCGCAUCAUGCUGCAACUCGUGUUGCAGCAGACUCACCUUCAUCGCGAUAUAUCGCCAGGACUCUUGUCACGUAUUUCGAUCAGACUGGCCAGCUUGUCAAAGGGUCACCCGCUCAACCAUCACCGAGCACAACCGACUACUCCAUCAUCAUCGAAACCAAUGAGGGCGCAUUCGGUGUCCCAUCGACCCCGUUAUUUACACCAUCCACAUCAUCCCGGAUACCGUCCCUUCUCACCAUGUCCGUCAGCACUGCGCUCGCAAAUAUCACCGUCGAAGAGACAAUGGAAAGGUUGGGCGAGCCCGUACCAUUCGAUGGAGCUGCGAUACUUGCGCGAGCAACACAUAAUGAUGCAUAUGCAGGCUUUGGCUAUUCCCACCAAUGCCACGUGUGCAAGAAAGAUUACAUCGUAGCGAGGGCAGAGUGGAUUGAGUUUUGGAGUACAAGCUUCACGGUGUUCUACCCAUUCAAGGUCAAAGUAUGCUCAUGGGGCUGUGUGCCACCUGAGAUGACCAAGAAGCCGGCGAAAGAGUUGGCAUGGUGAUUCGUGAAAGGAUGCAUGUGAUAUGCUCGAGCGCUCGAACGUGACUGGCCACAGAUUGCAUAUCAGCGAAGCACACGAGCGUUGUCAGUAUUGAAUCUUGGAUUCCAUCAUAUGACCAAGCCAUUCAAGGUUGGCUUUCGAUCAUCUACUCGUACAUUGUUUUCCCAUCGCUCUAGACGAUUGGCGUGUCUGUGUUCACCACGAUAUAGGUUAUCUUCGGUUGUCUCAGACCAAGCUGCCAAAUGACAUUGUAGCAAGAUGCGCGUGCUUUAUGCCAUAAGUC